AUGGAGGCCGGGAUGGGCGGACCACAGGAGGCAAGCGCUCAGAACAUAGUGCGAGGGUUCGCGUCGGCGCCUAAUAUAGCACUCAAUUCGUCAACACUUCCAACACUUCCAGCGAUCGCAACUCAACACCAAAACAACGCUAACUAUAAUCCCCAGCAAAAGGAGGCCAACAGUAGUGCGAUGUCUGGCGCGACGGCCGCGCAGAUGAUGUCGUCGUCGGCCGCUUCGGCGGCCGUCGCGACGAAGUCGGGCGGCGACGCCGAGUCGGAGGGGUUGGAGCCGGUGAACGGUGUGGUGCAGCCGCCGGUGACGCCGGCGCCCGGGAAGCAGCGGCGCAACACGAAUCAGCUCCAGUUCCUCCUGAAAGUGGUGAUCAAGUCGUUGUGGAAGCACACGUUCGCCUGGCCUUUCACCACACCUGUCGACUCAGUCAAACUCAAACUCCCCGACUAUCAUAAGAUCAUACGACAGCCCAUGGAUUUGGGAACCAUUAAGAAGCGGCUCGAGAACUGUUACUACUAUACGGCCUCCGAGGCCAUCGCGGACUUUAAGACAAUGUUUACGAACUGUUAUGUGUAUAAUAAGCCGGGAGAGGAUGUCGUCCUAAUGGCACAGACUCUCGAGAAGAUGUUUCUCUCCAAAGUGCAGGACAUGCCCGAGGAGGAGAUCGAUGUGCCGAUGCCUCUCGUCAAGGGUCCCAAAGGCAAGAAAGGCAAAGGCAAAGGAGGCCCAAGAGGUAGAGGCGCCGCUUCAUUCCAAGCGACGACGCGAAGCAACGCAAUAGCGACCCAAUUGGGAGCGCCGUCACAACCGCCAGCGCCGAGCCUGUCAUCACUGGCACCGGCAUCUAGUGUUUCAUCUGUUCUGCAGAACUCUGUGGGGGCGCCCAAACCGCUGCUCAGCGGUGGUGCCGCCCUACCGGCCGUAGACCUGCCGUCUAGUGUGACAACUAAUUCAGGUUCAGUGUCCGUCCCAUUGCAUACCAGUGCACCCAUUAAUACGACUCCAAUCAGCAAAAUAACGCCCAUAUCUGCCAUCUCUAACACAACCUCUUCGCCGCUUACAGCCGGUGCCCACACGCCUGCGCUCCAGAGAGGGUUCGCCGACGGCAUGGCGUGCAUGUCAUCCACGCCUACCACGACUACCGUUCCUCAAUCCAUGCCCCAUACGAACGCAUCUCUUCAGAACAGUUCGUUCCGAAGCAGUGGUCCAUCCGUUUCGAAGCCCAAGAAAGGCGUCAAACGGAAAGCCGACACAACCACGCUCUUAGACUCGGGUAUCUCUGUCUACACGUCGCCCACCAAUGAGUCCUCGAAGCCGUCGAAGAUGUCUACGCGACGAGAGAGCGGCCGACCCAUUAAGAAGCCGUCGAAGGACUUGCCGGACACCGCACAACACGUCUCGAAGCCUAAGAAGGGAAAGAUGACGGAACAGAUGAAGUACUGCUCGACGAUCAUCAAGGAGUUGUUGGCCAAAAAGCACGCCGGCUAUGCCUGGCCUUUCUAUAAGCCCGUCGACGCUGAUCUCCUCCAACUCCAUGACUAUCACGAGAUCAUUAGGAGUCCAAUGGAUUUGGGAACCGCUAAGACAAAGAUGGACAAUAGGGAGUACCGGAAACCCGAUGAGUUUGCAACGGACGUACGGUUAAUAUUUACCAAUUGUUACAAAUAUAAUCCUCCGGAUCAUGAAGUGGUAGCGAUGGCCAGGAAAUUACAGGAUGUGUUUGAGAUGCGGUACGCGAAGAUGCCCGACGAGCCCCCGCACGGCGACGCCUCCCUCACCGGCAAAUCGGACAGCAGUGGCAGCAGUUCGAGCGGCUCGUCAACGCCCACCUCAUCGAGCAGUGAGAGCGACAGCGAAGACGAGCGCGAGAAGAAGAUUAAGUUAUUGGAGGAACAGGUGAAGAAAGUGACGGAACAGAUCAGUAUCUUAGCCCAAGAAGGGGCCAAAAAGAAGGGCAAAAAGAAGAAGAGUAGGCGAACGCGAAGCACAUCCAAGAAGGAGAAGGAGGACUCCAAGUCCGACAUCAAGAAAGAGAAGGAAGACUUAGUGGACGGCACGGCGUCGGGCCUAAUGGCCGCCAGCAAUAUAUCACUUAUCGGUAAGGUGUCGAAGGCCAGUAAAGCCAUGUCCGGCGCCUCAACCAAAGCCCAGAACUCUCAGAGUAAGUCUGCGUCGAGUGCGGCGGCCAACGCGCCCGCGAAGAGACAGAGAACUAAUAGUAAAGCAAACAAAAAGAAUGCAAAAGUCAUGCCUGUGUUCGACAGCGAAGAUGAAGACAACGCCAAACCCAUGUCUUACGACGAGAAACGCCAACUCAGUCUUGACAUCAAUAAAUUGCCGGGUGAUAAAUUAGGAAAAGUUGUUCAUAUUAUCCAAUCUCGAGAGCCAUCUCUUCGGGACUCAAAUCCUGAUGAAAUAGAAAUAGAUUUCGAGACAUUAAAGCCGUCAACACUGCGAGAGUUGGAGAGUUAUGUGGCGACGUGUCUGCGGAAGAAACCCAGAAAGCCUUACAACACUAAGAACAAACAGGCGGCCGCCGCAGCAGCAGCCGCUGCCAAUGCCAAGACUCGGGAGGAAACGGAAAAGAAGAAACUGGAGCUCGAGAAGAGGCUACAGGACGUGAGCGGACAGUUGGAAGCGACCAACAAAAAGGCGCCCAAAAAAGAUCCCUAUGCUUUCACAGAUUCAGAGAACUCGCACGCGGCGGACGUCGGGCCCACCACUCGGCUCAGUGCCAGCAGUUCCAGUUCGAGCGACAGCGACAGUAGCAGUAGUUCCAGUUCGAGUAGUUCUUCAGAUAGCAGCGACUCUGAAUCAGUUAUCCUUUAG